AUGUCCAUGUCGCCAGCAGAUAUGCAGAAGGUUGACCCUAUUGCACCUCACAAAACACCUGCCGUGCACGCGCUGACCCCCUACACAGNNCUCCUGCAAGAAAUCGAGCAAAAGGCCCAAUUCUGCCAGCAACAAAUGGUCAUUGUCAAGACCCAGAUGAACACCAAGAACCGCGAGAACCGCAUGCUCCAGCUGACUGCUGCCGAACUCGACGGUCUGCCAUCCGACGCCAACGUCUACGAAGGUGUCGGCAAGAUCCCAAAGACCGACGUCAAAGUGCGCCUGACAAAAGACCAAGAGACCAUCAAGAAGGACAUGGAGGGCCUGGACAAGAAGAUGCACUACCUCGAGACAACUUUCAACAACAGCAAGUCCCACCUGGAUGCCAUCUUCAAGAAUGGCGGUAGAUGA